CUCACUCUCUCCCCUUGUCUCUCUUUCCUUCAAAUUUUCACAAAAUCCAGAAACUAGGGUUUUCUCUCGAUCCAGAAUCAGUUGUCGAUCUACUGAACCUCAAUCGAUGAAUCCAAUGAAGAUGAAGAUCAACAAGGCCUGCGAUCUCAACUCCAUCUCCGUCCUCCCUCCGCAUUCAAGGAGAUCGAACACGAUGAGCCAGGCGUCGCAGAUCCGAUCGCAAUCGCAGCAGUCUUUCUCGCAGGGGACGUCGCUGUCUCAGUCUCAGCUCUCGCAGAGCUCGUUUGAUGAGAAUCUGAUGAACGAUCAACAGAGAUUCAACUCUCAAGAAAGAGCCAACCCAUCAAAGAGGAUCUCCUCAUUGGCCUCAGGUAUGGCCACACGAGAUGAAUCUCAACUCCAGCUUGCAAGAACAUCCAACAAUGUUACACGCCGAUGGGGGACGGCCUCUGUUCCAGACAACAGAUGUCAAGUUAAUGAAGAGCUUGAAAACAAAUUCAGACAGACGGAAAGUUCACUGAGUAGGAUUACGAUGAUAUUGGACUCUGUUCAAAAUGAUGUAAUGCAAGUGAACAGAGCUGUAAAAGAAGUAUCCAUGGAGACGGAAGGCAUUCGGCAGAAGAUAAUUCUUCUUGACAACUCCAUGCGGCAUGUGGUCAAGGCAGACGAAGGACUUAAAGCUUUCCUAGAUGCAAAGCUGAAAUCUAUUCCUGACCAAGUGGUGGAAUCCAACCAGAGUAAACUAAACGAAAUUGCCUCAAUGAUUUCGGAUUUACCAAAGCAGAUGGAAUCACACUUGGUGAAAUUCCAACGGGAACUUUGUAUGUUUGUUGCCGAAAAGACAGAGGUAAUAGGAAAUAGCAAGAAGUUUUACAAUGAUAGCUUUCUAGAAAAUCUCCAGUCGCCAAAGAGUAAAUGCUACAUUGCCGCGCGACAACCUCAGAAGAACCAGAUACCAAUUCCCGUGCUGCCUCCAUUUGGUCAUACAAGAAGGGUUUCAGCUCCCAAGAUGGAAGCAGAUAUCCCAAAAACAUUAAAACCAAAGGUUACUGGCUCAAACCGCAAUGUCAUGCUUAAGCGAGAAGAAAUUCCAAUCCUACCAAAGGAGAAAGAUUUCAGCGUAACUAUUGACUCAGAUGAAGAGAGUGAUGUUGGUCUUUCUUGCCUACUUGUGCAAAAAGAAACGGGUAAAGCAAGUCAUUUGGUGGAAGAAGCAAAAGAAGAAACUCUUCGGAUUCUACGAAAAGCGAGAAAGAGAAAGAGAAGGCAAAGUAACUGUGUGAUUUUAGAUUGAAGGUAACUAUAACAGGCCAUGCUGUACCUUAUUGUUAGCAUCACACUCUUGGGCUCCUCCAGUUUUAUUUAGCAGGAGCUGCAUGCGUUUACAUAAAGCAUGAUUUUAAAAAUCUGUAAAUCCUCUGGCAGCUGUUGCUUUAAACAUCCCACUUUCAAGUGAAUGCAGGCUGUUGGCAAGAGACGUCACAGCUUCCCUUGUUAACCUGACA